UUUUCCUGUGUUCGUCUGCUAACAAAAGGUUUUUUCUUUUCCCCUUGUAUAUAUUUAAUAGCUAGGUUUAGUCUUGGUUGCAGUGGUCAAAAGAUAGCUUAAAACAUCUUUUGCAGGAUUUGGAGACGCCAGGAUGCCGAUUCAUGUUUCAUUAGUUGUUUUUUAUGUUUUUGCAAUGAGUCAAGGAAAACAACUUUAAUUUUCAGGCUUAGUUCAGAAUUUGAAGAUAUCAUCACCGAGUGCUGUGCUCAGUAUCUCUACAGCAGCAGACCAGGCUCAAAAGAUGGACUCAAUAUCUUGAGUCCCUGUCUGUCCAUCAGCUGUUACUGAAAUAAUGGAUGGACUUCUGGCCUGUUCAAUCAAUCAGGUUGCAGUUCAUAGGGAGCUGUUGCUGUACGGUUGAGACAGAAGAAAUUGUCACCUCACAUUCCUGUUCGUCACCAUAUGAUGGCCACCAUGAUAAGGACAGCCGCAGACUCGACUGACAGAUUUGAUGACACUUCCGAUGCUUGGGAUUCGGUGCAGACAGAGCCCCAUGUAAUGCUGUGAGGAGCAGAGAGACACUGACUGGUACAGGCCUGACCAAUAUGGGCACCCAGAGUACAGGAUUUGGAGAUGCUGAGAGGCUGAUGCGUGUCAAUGAUGUGAUGACACUGCUCACCCACGUUGCCACAGUGACAGGCAUGAAAGCUGCUUACACUCCUUCUAAACGAGGAGGAAUACUGGCAGGUGGAGGUGCCUUUUUGGGGGGGAUGCUGGGCGGCCCACCUGGAAUUUUUGUAGGAGGAGCAGUUGGUGGAUUGAUUGGAUGGCUCACCUCUGAAGAUUUCAAGCCAGUCCCUCAGGUUUUAAUGGAAUUGUCUGCUGCUGAGAAGCAAAAACUCUGUGCUGAAGCCAUGGAUGUUGUCAAGAACUUACAUUGGACUGAUGCUGGUCAGCUGAUCAGGCUUGUAAUGUCAAAUUCUACUAUCAGAGGCCAGGUAUUCGGUGUGCUGAGGAAUUUCGUUACCAAAGUGCUAAAAGCAAAUGUAAAGUGUGCCUAAUAAUUCUUUACCGAGCGGGAUUUUUAGGAUGGAAUGCAUUUGACUCCACUCGCUGCGAAUCUUCAGUGCAACAAUUACUAGUUAUCAGUGCUAAUUAUAAAUAUAUGCUGGUCUAAGUAAUUUGGGAUAUUUGGGGUUUUUAAAUUUUUAUCAUUAUUGUUAUAAUUUUUGUUUUUAUGCGGCUUUUUAAGGAUAGUAUUGGAUUACUGCGUUAACCUGAUACUGACUUGCUAUGAAAUAUUGGAUUACUCUGCAUUAGGACUAAUUCUAAUUGCUGAAGGGAAUCAUGCUGCUCUUAGGCUACUGUGUCAUUGUGAAAAUUUUCAAAGUCCUUUUGUUUUAUUUAGGAGACUUGAUUUUGUUUGUUCAAGUGCUUUAAUUUUUUUCCCCGUGAAUGACAUGUAAGGUAAAAUUUGAAGAAUUUUACCUGUUGUUUGUUUUAGCCAUGCAAAGGAAAGUUUUAUAAGGAAGUACAUUACUGUGAACUCAAAAGACCCAAUCUCUACAUUGUCCCUUUUUUACUGUGUCACCCUGAUUCUUAAGUUUUUCUAAAGCCUUCUGAGUUUACAUUCUGUUGGAAAACUUUCCCACGCCAUUUCUGUAAAUAACAUAUUGUUUUGCACUCCUUCAUGGGGUUGGAGAAACUUGAUGUACUAGUGGUUUGUCCAAUGUCUUUGGAGAGGUGGCCCAUUCACUCUCCAAUCCACUGUCUCCUUUGGAAAAGUAUAAAAGUUGGAGUCAGAAAAUAAACUUCCUCUUUUACCUUGCAAAAUAGCAGGUGGCUCACAUUGUGCUUUCUUGUGUCCUAUAGCGACAUUAUUGUACUUCUUGAGUUUUCUUUUCAUGUAAGAUGUGAAGCAAAUACUUCAACAAGAUUUCAAGUAGCAGGAAAACAAACUGUGAACACUUCCAGUUCAAUUUUCACCAGGUUCCUGUGCCAUAGAAUGGGAGGGUGUGACAUUAAAAAAAUGGGGAGCUGAAUCUGCAUGGGGAGCUGAUUCUACCAGUGUUCUAUAAGCCCCAGGAUUAAGGUUGUCAUCUGAAGUUUGAUUUCUGGAUUGAGUCUGUACAGCUGGUCCUCUGUUCUCAUUAAAAUGUUCAUAAGAA